CUCAUCGUCGAAUUCUUUUGAUGAAGCGAUCGUCGCUUUAGAGCUCACUCUAAACUGGAGAAGAAUUGAAAAACUUGCUUCCUCCAUUACGCUGUUUUGCUUUUCCAACGAAACCGUAAUCGUUCUCUCUUUUCUGUUUUUGAUUUGAUCGAAACGUACAAUUGAGAGCGUUUCUUUUUCUUUGUUCGGAAUUGGAAUGGGUGAUUAUAUGAGUAGCGAUAACGAGCACUAUCACGAAGAUGAUAAUGGCGAUUUUUACGACGACGAUGGUGGAGAUGACUCUUCGGUUGGAUUUCAAGCCCUCGAGACCGAGUUGCUUUCGGCCUACGCGACCUUCCCUCCCACUAAGGUGAUCACAAAGGAGUCACUGUUGGCUGCUCAGAGGGAGGACUUACACAGAGUAAUGGACUUGUUGUCUUUGAAAGAACACCAUGCCAGAACAUUGCUUAUUCAUUAUUGUUGGGAUGUGGAUAAGGUGCUUGCAGUGCUUGUUGAGUAUGGUAAAGAUAAAUUGUUUGCUGCAGCAGGUGUACAAAUUCUCGAUCAUCAUGCUCUUGCCUCGUACCAGUUAUUGUCUUCUACCUUUACGUGCAAUAUCUGCUACGAGGAUGUAUUGGCCGAUAUGUUGACUGUUAUGGACUGUGGUCAUUACUUUUGCAAUGACUGUUGGACUGAACAUUUCAUUGUGAAGAUAAAUGAGGGCCAGAGUAGACGCAUUAGGUGCAUGGCACUCAAGUGUAAUGCUGUUUGUGAUGAAGAAAAAAUCAGACAAUUAGUUAGUAUAAGGGAUCCUAAUCUUUCAGAGAAAUUUGAUCGUGUUCUUUUGGAAUCAUAUAUUGAGGAUAAUAGAAGAGUUAAAUGGUGCCCCAGUGUCCCUCAUUGCGGAAAUGCAAUACGGAUCGAGGAUGAUGAACUUUGUGAGGUUGAAUGUCCAUGUGGCAUGCAGUUUUGUUUUAGUUGUUUAUCUGAAGCUCAUUCACCUUGUUCUUGUCUCAUGUGGGAACUCUGGUCCAAGAAGUGCCAGGAUGAAUCAGAGACGGUUAAUUGGAUUACAAUCAACACAAAGCCUUGUCCAAAAUGCCAUAAGCCAGUUGAAAAGAAUGGAGGCUGCAACCAUGUAUCCUGUUUAUGUGGGCAAUCAUUUUGUUGGAUCUGUGGUACUGCUACUGGUAGAGAUCACACGUAUACCUCUAUUACUGGUCACAGUUGUGGACGAUAUAAGAACGACCAUGAGAAGAAAAGUGAGCUUGCAAGGCACUACCUUGAGCGCUAUAUUCACUACCACAAUCGAUAUAAAGCUCAUAUAGAUUCUUUAAAGCUCGAGUCAAAGCUAAAGGAAACAAUAAUUGGAAAAAUUAACAUACUGGAGGAAAAUUUAUCAACAUCUAAAGAUUUCAGUUGGAUAAUAAAUGGACUCUACAGGCUCUUUAGAUCAAGGUGCAUUCUUUCAUAUUCCUAUGCAUUUGCAUACUAUAUGUUUGGUGAUGACCAAUUCAAAGAUGAAAUGAGCAAGACAGAGAGGAAAAUAAAGCAGAAUUUGUUUGAGGACCAACAGCAACAAUUUGAGGCUAAUGUUGAGAAGCUGUCUUCAGUUUUAGAGGAGAAGUUUGAUACCUACUCUGAGAAUGACAUUUUGAGUUUUAGAAUGAGGAUCAUUGCUCUUUCCGGGACUACAGAUAAUCUCUGCCGAAAUUUGUAUGAAUAUAUUGAAACGGAUUUGUUGGGUUCCCUCCAGCGGACAGUUCACAGAAUAGCACCUUACAGGUCAAAGGGUGUGGAGAAAGCCUCAUCCUAAUUGUUGGGACACUAAGAUAUGCUACUAACCUGGGUGAAGUGAUGGAUCUUCUCGGCUAUUGUUCGGCUUCCAGAGUCAGUUGAGGUGCUGUACCUAACAAUCAAGCUGGGCGAGAAUCAGUUUGGGUACUCUACUGAACAUUCAGUGCUGAUCUGACCUUGCUGCCGGGGAAGCAUGAAGAAAAUCAUGGAUUCCUUAGCCGUCCCAAUGUAUAUAGGAAGCAGUUUAUUACAAGCAGCUACUUGCUUUUUGCAUAAAUGAUAAGGUUUAUGUCUAUAGCUCCUAUGGUGGCGUUGCCAAAAGCAGCUUUUUGCUAUUGAACAUUUUUUAUAAAUCAUUAUCAUAUAAUUGAACAGAUGCCCUUUUCGAUUACU